AUGAGGAUGAGGACAGAAUCUCUAUCUAAAUCACGAAAACGUGAUCAUUUGGUGAAACAUUUCAAAAAAAUGGUCAAACUAAACUAUUUGAUAUUUGCAGUUCUUAUUUGUUUGGCAAUUGUUGUUUCUCAAGUUAGAUGUGGUGGUCAAGAUUGUGAUCCUUCCAGGGUUGGUUCUGGAAUCCAUUCUCUUUAUGUUGAAGAUGAAGAAAUGCUGAACUCACUCAUGAAUAAGAAACAUAUUGUAAAGUUAACCAAAGCAGGAAGAAAGAAUGUUUACAGAAAGCUUACUCAAGGAAGAAGAAACAGCAAGAUGUUGAGAAGAUUGGUUAAAAGACAAGUAGCUCGUAAGAUUUCCCAUCGCAUGACAGAGAAGAGAGGAAGAAUUGGUCAAUCUGUCCAUAAUAAGGUUUCCAAUAACAACAAACAUGCUAAAAGAACAGUUUCCAACAAAAACAGAAUUCACAAAAGAACAGUUUCGAGCAAAAAAUUCCAUUCUGAAGGUGUUUCCUCACCAAGCAACACCAACAAGAUAGUCUCAGACGUUAAACCUCGUGAAACAAAAGAUAUUAGAAAGCCGAUUGAAAACGCCAACCCUGCUCCAAUCGACACCAAGACUCCAAAAAAUGUUGACAAAAUGACAGCUCAAGAAAUCAUCAACCAAUCAAUUGCAACAUUUGAUGGGUCUGUUGGACCUAGCAAUACUAAACUUUCAAACAGGCUUGUUAUAGGCAAGAAAGUUAUUCUCAGGGAACAAGAUGAAGAUUACAAAAGCAGAAAUGAACAACAAGAAGUGUUGGAACGAAUUGACCCUAGUUGUGUUGCUUGCCGAGUUGACUGUAUGAAAACCUAUUCUCAAGUUAGUGGAAGUGUUUUUGAAUCUUGCAAAUUCCAAUACUAUUACUAUGGAUGUAAAAAACAAAAAAAGUGUUUUAUGGCUACAACGACAUCAGAUGAGAUAAUUAAGGGCAUGCUUGGAAUUUGUUUGUUGAGAAAUGGAUGUAAAUUGAAGGCUGAAUGGAAUUCCUAUGGAGUAGAUGCCGCUGUUACUGGAAGAUUGCUUGGAAAACUUCGUGCAUCCAAUGAAAACCCAGAAUAA